AUGCAAACGAAUUUUAAUUUAGUAUCUAUUCCAUUAAACUCUUCAAUAGAAACAAUAGAGCAAAUUACAAAACCCUCAAAUAAAACCACUAAUAAUAAUAAUAAUAUAAAUAAUAAUAUAAAUAAUAAUAUAAAUAAUAAUAUAAAUAAUAAUAAUAAUAAUAAACAUUUAAAUUCAAUUAAAUUAAUAAAUGAAAAAAUAAAAUCAUUAGUAGAAUAUAAAAAUACAUUAGAUAUUAGCGAUAUUGAAAAAGAUGUUGAGAGCUAUGGUGAAAAAGUUAAUUACAUUGAAAAUGUAUUUAAUACUUUAAUAUCCAGCAUUAGAGAUUUGGAAUAUGAUAUCUAUACGAAAUUGGGUUCAAUAAAUGAUAUAAAUAUAGAAACUAUUAAAUCAUUAAAAAAUGAACAAGAUAUGAUUGUUCAAAUUGUAAAUAAAUAUCCCAACUAUUCUAUAGAUCCCUCAACUUUACCACCUCAACAACAGGAAAAAGAAAAAGAAAAAGAAAAAGAAAAAGAAAAAGAACAACAACAAAUACCUAAAAGUGAUACGCGACCAAAAGAAAAAAUAAAAAUAAAAACAAUAAAGGGAGAGAAUACAUAUUCAGAAGAAGAUCAUGAUUAUGGAAUAAAUGAUAUAAAAAAAGAGGUUAUCGAAAAUAAUAUUAAACAAGAAAAACCACAACCACAACAAAAACGACAACAAAUAGAAAUAAAAAAAGAAAAAGAAGAUACAAUACCUAUGAAUGGAGUAUAUAAAAGUGAGGACAGUGACGAUGAAGAAUUUGAAUAUGAAAUCGUUGAGGUCAUUGAACAUUUACGAGAUAACAAUAAUAAAGAUGGCGAUAGUGAUAAUAAUAGUAACAAUAAUAAUAAUAAUAAUAAUAAAAAUGGUGAUAAUAAAGAUAGUGAUACUGAAAAACAAAUAAUAAUAAAAAAAGAAAUAGAUAUUGAUAAACAAGAUGUUGACUCCAAAAAUAAUAAUAAUGAUAUUGAUAAUAAAACAACACCUACAACACCUACAACAACCACUACAACAACCACUACAACGGUUGAUACUAUAGUUAAUGAUGCAGAUGUUGAUAAAAUCAUUGAAAAUUGCAGAAACAAGAAAGAGUUUAUAAAAUUUUCAUUGACUGUGAAUGACAAUAUUGUAGACUCGAUACAGUCAUUAAUCCAGUCAUUAUUUUCCUCAAAUUCAAUUUCCAAAGAUUAUAUUUAUCCUCUACCCACUGAAAAUGAAAUUCCAACAAUUGUUGAUGAUAUUCAACCAAUCUUAAGUAUCAAUAAUUAUAAAAAUAAUAAUAAUAAUAAUAAUAAUAAUAAUAAUAAUAAUAAUAAUAAUAAUAAUAAUAAUAAUAAUAAUAAUAAUAACAAUAUGAAUUAUACUUAUGUGGAUGUAAGUACCAAUUCAUAUUCAAGCUCAAUUACAUAUGAUAUAAGCCAACCAUCAAAUACUCCACCACAAAUAACCCCUACGCAAACAACACCUUCACAACCACAACAACCACAGCUUCAUCCACAGCUUCAUCCACAGCAGCAACACCAAAACCAACACCAACAAUUACAACAACCUCAUCACCAACAGCAAAUUCACUAUCAACAGCAAUCUUAUCAACAACCUUAUCAAAUGCCACCACAACAAGCUUUAAAUCAACAAUCUCAACAACAACAACAACAACAACAACAACAACAACAACAACAACAACAACAACAACAACAGCAACAACAGCAACAACAACAAUAUCAACAACAACAACAACAACAACAACAACAACAACAACAACAACAACAACAACAACAACAACAACAACAACAACAACAACAACAACAACAACAACAACAACAACAACAACAACACCAACAAAUAUACCAACAACUAUACCAGCAAAUUUACCAACAAAAAAUGCUACACCAACAACAACAACAAUAUCAAAAACUUUAUCAAGCCAAACUCAUCCAACUUCAAAGUUUGCAACUUCAACAAAAAUACUUUCUAGCACAACCUCUAAACGAACAAAUGCAACAACCAAUGUUAAAACAAGAAUUUAUACAACAACAACAAUUACUUGAACAGCAACUACAACAUUAUCAACAACUUAUGCAACAACAACAAAUACUACUUAUGCAACAACAACAACAACAACAACAACAACAACAACAACAACAACAACAACAACAACAGCCAAUACAACAACAGCCAAUACAACAACAGCCAAUACAACAACAGCCAAUACAACAAUAUCCAAUACAACAACAUCCAAUACAACAUCCAAUACAACAACAUCCAAUACAACAACAUCCAAUACAACAACAGCCAAUACAACAACAGCCAAUGCAACACUAUCAACACCAACAACAACCAAUACAACAACAGCCAAUACAAAAUUAUCAAAACCAACAACAACCAAUACAAAACCAUCAACAGCAACAACAAUCAAUACAGCAACAACAACCAAUACAAAACCAUCAACAACAACAACCAAUACAACGACCCAUUCCUCAAAAUAAUAAUGGUAUUAUUGAAAAUAACCAUAAUGGAAAUCAACAAAAUUUAAUGAGUGGAGAUAUGAUAAAGUUACUAAAUUUUCAAAAAUAUCAAUCUGCUAUUUUACAGAAUUGCCAAAAAACGGAAAUUGAGAAAACUAGUGAAUCAUACUUACCCCAACUCUUAAAAAAACAAAGUAGUGAUUCUUUUAAAUUAAAAGAAUACCAAAAACAUCAAAUUAGUCAAUUGGCUCAAUUAGAAUCAAAAAUAAUGUCAACAAACUUAGAAAUCAAUCCCCAACUUUCUAAAGAAAAAACCAUACAAAAUUUAAAAAAUAAUAUCCAAACCCUUUUAAACUCACAAGAAGAAUUAAAUAAAAAAUUAUUUUCUAGAAAUCUAUUCAUUCAACAACAUAAUCAACAACAACAACAACAACAACAAUAUCAACAACAACAUCAACCAUCACCACAACAACACCAACAACAGCAACCAUCACCACAACAACCAUCACCACAACUAUCAACAGAAAUUCAAUUCCAAGAACAACCUCCUUUAAAAAAGUAUAAAGUUGAAAAUAAUGUCCAAAAUGGAAGUAGCCAAAAUGAGCCAAUUGAAAUUUUGGAAUGCGAUUAA